GUAGUUUCUACUAACGGUGUACCUGACUUGGGCCCCAGCGAGCAGGCACUCAUACUAUACAAGCGAGGUGCGUAGGCGGUGCGGUAUUAUCACAUGAACGGAGAGAUGCGUUUACUGGGGAUGGGCACCUACCGUGCAAGAUGGCUGGUCACGCCAUCACUCAUCCUUCUGUGUAUGAGUUACUUUCUCGCUAACCGCCCAGGUAGGUAUGCAUCUAUUAAGGGCAGCCAGACUUUAGAUCCUCUGUCUUGCCAUUCAGAUAUUGCUUCGGUUUCGAGCAGGUUGGGAAUAUCGGGGGUUUUGCCGUGGCGUAGGUAAUGCCCACACGCUUAGUGCAUAACCUCGGCGUGAUGCUGGGGGGAAU